UACUCCAGGCUUGCUUCAUGGAGAGGACCCGUGGGGGGAAGGCAGAGCUGAAGACAGAUAGCCGAGUACAUAGCGCACUAGAUACCCAAGCAGUAUUACCUGCUAUGGUUGCAUGCCACGACAAAAGAACAGCAGCACCAGCCUCAUCACGCACAUCCCGACCAUGGACGACGACUCAGUCGAGGCUCUUCGCAAGAACAAGAAAUCCCGCAUGUCAAGCUGGAAAGACCACCUCUCCGCCGACGUCGACGAGUCCUGGGCCGACCUCAUCCUGCUCGUGACAUGCUUCAUAUCCGGGCUCGUCGACAGCGCCGUGUUCAACGUCUGGUCCUGCUUCGUGAGCAUGCAAACUGGAAACACCGUCUACGUCGGGCUCGGCAUGUCCGGACAACCGCUCUCCCAACCCUACCGCUGGGUCAAAUCCGGCACGGCCAUCCUCUCCUUCAGCGUGGGCACGUACUUCUUCAGCCGUGCGGCGCGGUACCUGGGUCCUCUCCGGCGCAGCACCAUGAGCAGCUCUUUUUUGUUUCAAGCGCUCCUGUGUUUCACCGCGGCGCUUCUCGUGGUCAGCGACGUGGUCGAGAGCGACGCGGGCAACCAGCUCCCGCGGAACUUCAUCGUCUUGCUGCCGCUCGGUCUGCUCUCGUUCCAAUCCGCGGGCCAGAUCGUGAUGAGCAGGAUGCUGGCUUACAAUGAAUUGCCCACCGUCGUGCUCACGAGCACGUAUUGCGACCUGAUGUUCGACCCGGCCUUGUUUACGGCCCCUCUGCGUCAGAACUCGAAGCGGAAUCGUAGGUUCCUCUCCGCCGUGGCGUUGCUGCUGGGCGCCGUGCUAGGAGGGUUCCUGACAAAAGGCGGCGACAUCGCGGAUCCGUUGUGGAUUGCCGGGGCGAUCAAAGUGGUGUUGGCUGUGGUGUGGCUGUGUUGGCAUGGCAAGGGCUCGAUUCGGCUGGAAUGA